CUGUCAUUCUUUAAUGAGUCUGCAGAGCAAAAAGUUGGCAGUAAAUAUUUAAAUGAACAUCGCUACAAUUUUGUGCUAUAUAAAUACCCUACUCUACCUAAUCUAACUCUCUUUCUUAGGCCGUUUUUAUUUGGUUUGCUGUCUGCAACUUCAAAGCCUCAGAAGUUACUUCUAAUUGUACAAGCCUUUAUAGCUCAUAAUGAUCCCAAUACUAAUAACAUAAUCAUUCAAGAUGAUACCCAACAAGUAUCAGAUGAAGAACGCGACUUUACUAAUAUCAAUGAUACUACCUUUUUUCCAGCAGGAGAGAUGGAUAAACUCCCCACUAAAAUUUACAAAGAAAAUGCAAUUCCCAACGAAACGCGUCAACGCCUUUUACAAACCUUUCCCAGAAAUGCAAACAUUAAAUUUACACCCCCACCUAUGGACAAGCAAUUACUCAAACGUAUGUCAAGGAAGGCAAAAGAAGUGGAUAAAACCUUACAAAAAAUAUCUUAUCAUUACUCUUCUGCUCUCAGACCUUUGGACAAUGCUAUUCGCACACUGUAUCAAACAAAACCUGAUGCGCAAAACAAGCAGGCUCUGGAAACAUGGGAAUAUAUGGAGUUAUCUCUGCUUUCCACCAGAACACUUAUUUUGGAUUCAUUAUCUUUUACAGAUGAUCAAAGACAAGAACACGAUGUUAUUAAGGAAAAGAAUGAAGAAACUAAGUUCUUCAACGAUGCUCUGUGGCAGAAUAGACGAGCACAAAACCUUCAUCCAGGAAAUAAGAGAAGCUCAUCUCAACAAAAUUAUUCAAAUAAAGAAAGGUUCUAUCAUCAACGAGUCCCAACCUCAAUCACAUCAAUAAAGAACACAGUAGGCACAAGAUUAUGCUAUUUUCACUCAAAAUGGGCCAGGACAGUUGGCGACUCGUGGAUACUAAAUAUAUUAAAAAAUGGAUACGAACCAAUUUGGCAAACAGUACCACCAAGAAUAUGCCAAACACUGUCCAACCAAACAUAUUCACAUCAGGAAAGAUCGGCAUUAGAAUUAGAAAUCAACAAUCUAUUGGCCCAAGGGGUUAUAACCAAGAUCUCUUUAGAUGAACUACUUGCGAUCUCUAAAUUCAUUUGUACUACAUCAAAGAUUCAAGAUGAAAGGAAUCCAGUUAGUAAAGACACUACUAAAACCAAAGGAUUACAUAACAAAGAUAGAUAUAAAGAACGCUUUUUAUCACAUCCCAUUAGCUUAUUCGUCAAGCAUCUGAGAGCUCAGGGGAUCAGAUUAAUCAUCUACUUAGAUGACAUCAUAAUAAUGGCAGAGUCAAAAAAGCAAGCUAUAGAGCAUGCCAAGAAAGUUUGUGAACUCAACCAACAUGUCUCUCAAGAUUCCAACGAAAAAAAUCAAAGAUAUCAUUCAAGAAUGCAAGAAACUGAAGGCUACGAAAGCAGUCCACAUUCGCAAGCUGGCAGCCUUAUUAGGCAGGAUGAACGCUAUAGCAGAAGCCCUUUUACCAGUAAAGCUCUUUUCAAGAGCUUUACUCAGAGACAAGAACAGAGCUCUGAGAUGCCAGGGUUGGAAUGCGAGGGUAGCACUAUCAGCAGAGAGCAAGAAACAAUUAGAGUGCUGGAUAAAAAACCUUACAAAAUGGAAUGGAAGAAAAAUCACAUUCGACGACCACUCCACAACAGGAAAAACAAGACAGAAACAUAUCAAUUAUCUGGAACUCCUAGCUGUAAAGAAAGCGCUAGACAAAUGGAAGCAUAUAAACAACCAAACCAUCCUCAUUCGAAAAUCGAUAUGGUUAGAAUGUAUCAAACGCCAGGUGAAUCUGAGAGCGGAACAUAUUCCAGGACGACUCAACACACUAGCAGACCAGGCAUCACGGAAACAGACCCGAAGGCCUUAGCCACAGAUGCUCUUCGAGUUCCAUGGAAGGGUUGGAAUAUUUUGGCAAACCCAUCAUGGGUCCUCCUACCCAAAGUACUACACAAGGAACUCAGUGGAACAAACCAACAACUACGAUCAGUUCAAACGAGUGAACAGGCUAUCGAACUUUACAUCACAGCAUAUGACAAGGAUGCUUCGAAGACGAUAUCUUCAAAUAUUAAAAAAUGGAUACAUUGGUGUAGUGAAAGGCAAACUGAUCCCAUUACUUGCAGUAUAAAUUACAUAAUCGAAUUCUUUGACAACCAAGUAAAGGCAGGAAAGGCAUACAACACAAUUGCUGGAUACAGAUCCGCAAUUAGUGAAAUACAUGAUUGGAUUGAUAAUUUCCCAAUUUGUUCACACCCUACAAUAAUCAAGGCAAUGAAAGGAGUUUACAACACCAACCCUCCUCCUUUAUAUAAUGAUGACGUGGUCGACCUUGUCUCAUCUUUUGACAAAAUUCGUUCAUUCGACGAUAAUGAGAAGAUGAACAUAUUAUUACUGUUACAGAAGGUCGCAUUUCUCCUAGCAAUCACUACGGCUUGUCGCCUCUCAGAUUUAUCCAGAAUUGAUAUUACUUCUCAAGUACAAACAGAGCACAGCAUGAUGUUUAAUAUUAAGAACCCCAAGGAACAUAAAAUUUCAAUCGCUCAUGGCAGCAACAAAUCACAAAUCAAAAGAGUAUACAUAGGGAACUAUGAAGAACUACCAGAAAUCUCACCACUAAAUGCUGUUAACACACUUCUUAAACAUACUAAUGCCUGGCGAAUUACGAAGGAACAGAGAGAGCACUUAUUCCUAAUUUCAACGAACACCCAUUUCUCUGCCUCAGUAGAUACGAUUGCAAGAUGGAUUAAGGAAAUUUUAAAAGAAGCAUCACCAGACCUAAAGGCCAAGGAUGCAAGAUCGGUAGCAGCAUUUUACACUCAGAAUUCAG